CACUCUUCCAUCAUCUCAAGAGUGCAAUUUGAUACACACUAAGAACCUUUCUGCGGUUUCACUCACAAGGUUAUUAGUAACAUACCAAUCUAGCAAUGGCUGUUUCAUCUUAUGCUAUGCAAUCUAUCCUUGCAAGCCCUAUGACCCGCACUCCUAGCAGGUCAAGGGUGAACCAAUUUGGUGUUCCUGCUCUUUACAUGCCUAACAUGAGAAGGAAUGCUAGCCUUAGUGUUCGAUCCAUGGCUGAGGAAGAGCAGAAAGAACAAUCAACUGAACCUACAAGCCCAGUUACACCACCACCACCAAAGCCUCAGCCUCGUUCACCAAAGAUGAGCACAAAGUUCAGUGAUGUGUUGGCAUUCAGUGGGCCAGCACCUGAGAGGAUCAAUGGAAGGCUUGCAAUGAUUGGAUUUGUAGCAGCAUUAGCAGUGGAACUAUCCAACGGUCAAGAUUUGUUGUCACAGAUAUCCAAUGGUGGGAUCCCAUGGUUCUUGGGGACUAGUGUGGUGCUGUCCCUUGCUUCAUUGAUCCCACUGUUUCAAGGUGUUAGUGUUGAGUCAAAAUCUGGUGGAUUCAUGUCCUCAGAUGCUGAGCUUUGGAAUGGUAGAUUUGCCAUGUUGGGCUUGAUUGCUCUUGCUUUCACCGAGUAUGUUAAGGGUGGUACCCUUGUGUAAUCAUUUUUAAGCCUCCUGUAUUCUUAUAUUACCUUUUAUCUUAUGUUAUGUAUGUAUAGAAUUUUAUAAAGGAUUUUUCUGAGAUAAA